CUCGGUUUGAACUGUCAAGGUAUAUUUAUCUCCAGUUGCUCCAAUGGAAAGUCGUAGUGGGAGUUGUGGUGGCGGAGGAGGGUGGUGGCUCUAUGCCAUUUCGCUCUUAACGAAGGAUGGACGCGGCUACAUGCUACACAACACGGAUCACACCCUUUCUGCAUGGCCGCUCUACGUCGCAAUUCUGCUCGUGGCUGCCUGCGCCGUUGUGGUUGCAUGGUUGAGCCCGGGAGGAUGUGCAUGGGCCGCCAGGAAGAAAGGCGGUGCCACCAUUCCUGGGCCCAGAGGCUUUCCCAUCAUCGGAAGCCUCAUUGAUAUGAGCCGUGGUCUUGCCCAUCGCAGACUCGCUCAGUUGGCUGAUAUUCAUGGUGCAAAGAAGCUGAUGGCAUUUAGCUUGGGUUCAACUCCGGCUGUUAUUACAUCUGAUCCUGAGGUGGCUCGAGAGUUGCUCAGCUCAGUAAAUUUCUCAGAUAGGCCGCUCAAGCAAUCCGCUCAGCAGCUCAUGUUCGGGCGUGCUAUUGGGUUUGCACCCAACGGUGAAUACUGGAGAAUGCUCCGCCGAAUUUCCGCCACCCAUCUCUUCGGGCCCCGCAGGAUCGCCGCCCACGAGCCUGGGCGACAAGCGGACUCACUUGUCAUGCUGAAGAAAAUUCACGAGGAGUAUGUUUCCGGCGGCGUUGUGUUGCUGCGCCGCCAUUUGCAAGCGGCGGCGCUGAACAACAUCAUGGGUAGCGUUUUCGGUAGGAGGUUCGAUAUCUGCGGUGAUAGCGAGGAAGUGAGGAGUCUGAGAGAGAUGGUGGAGGAGGGAUUCGAGCUUCUUGGGGCGUUUAACUGGGCAGACCAUCUUCCAUGGCUGAGGUUCCUGGAUCCCCUGCGAAUCCACUCUCGUUGCGCCAGCCUCGUCCCACGCGUGAGAGGCUUCGUGAGGAAUAUCAUCGAGGAGCACCGACUCAAAGAUAAGGAUAACGACACCGAAGACUCUGAUUUUGUCGAUGUUCUCUUGUCUCUUAAUGGAGAAGACAAACUGGACGAUGAAGACAUGAUCUCUGUCCUCUGGGAAAUGAUAUUUCGUGGGACUGAAACGACGGCACUGCUGACAGAGUGGACCAUGGCGGAGAUGGUGAGGAACCCAGGAGCUCAGAGGAAGCUUCAGGAAGAACUGGAGGUCGUGGUGGGAAAGAGCAGAAGCGUUAGAGACUCGGACAUCUGCAAACUCCAUUACCUGCAGGCGGUGGUGAAGGAGACUCUGCGAAUGCACCCACCUGGUCCACUCCUAUCAUGGGCCCGACUCUCCACUCGGGACACCAAUGUGGGUGAUGGGAAGUUCUGUGUGCCAGCGAGUACCACCGCCAUGGUGAAUAUGUGGUCGAUUACACGUGACCCUCUCAUUUGGGAUUCCCCGGACCAUUUCCGACCAGAGAGGUUCCUUGAAUCUGAGGGCGGUGAGAAUGUGGAUGUCAGAGGAAAUGACUUGAGGCUUGCGCCCUUUGGGUCGGGUCGUCGGGUCUGCCCUGGAAAAGCUCUCGGUCUUUCAACUGUUCAUCUUUGGGUGGCCAAACUGCUGCACCAUUUCUACUUUGUUGCACACCACCAGCAUCCCGUCGAUCUGUCUGAGGUUCUUAAGCUCUCCUGCGAGAUGGUGCAUCCGCUUCAAGCUGUUCCUGUCAUGAGGGUCGAUCUCAAAAUAGUAUGAGAAAUGAAUCUUUCUGUCGAUCGUCCUGCUUUUUUUCGUCUUCGGUGGGCAUAAAUAUAGCGUCUUGCGGUUAUAUAUAAUGUUUUGUUUGUCGUAACAGUGUAACGGUUCUAUGAAUUCUAGUGACGGUGAACAUGAGGGGGACGCACAUUUUGUCGCUUUAGAAUGUUUGCGCCGCUGUUCCGUCUCUGAAAGAUUCAAUUUUGUAGAUAUUGGUCUGGCGUUUACCCGACUGCAGCAGCAAGAUCAAUUUUUUGACUGAUUAUUAUGUAUGUUGUGGGAUUUCUUAAUGCCCCCAACCAUCCCACGUAGCGAGCUUACGUUUUAUUAAAUAAUAAUAUGUGCCUUCUUGUGGAUGAGGGUCUU